AUCAAAUCACGACACGUGUGUCCAAUAAUAUCGCACUAACCCCACACCGCUCCCACUUUAUUUCCUUUUUUUCCGCCGCCGUCGUUUAUUUCUCCUUUGUCACUGCUCUCGCCGGAAAAGAUGGCGCAUCCGCCGAUCAUGGCCUUGCUGGGAUUCUUCCUCCUGUUUAUCCUCCCUACUGUGUUCUCAUCCGACGGCCAGGACACUUUCAUCGUCCACGUGUCGCAAUCUCAGAAGCCCCUCAUGUUCUCCACCCCCAAACAUUGGUACUCCAGCAUCCUCCGAUCCCUCCCUCCCCACCACCGCCCCGCCAAGAUUCUCUACACCUACGACCGCGCCGUGCGCGGCUUCUCCGCCAGGCUCUCCGCCGCUCAAUCCGCCGCUCUCCGCCGCGUCGCCGGAGUGGUCUCCGUCAUCCCCGACACAGUCCGCCAUGUCCACACCACUCACACCCCCAAAUUUCUAGGGCUUGCCGAUUCCUUUGGCCUAUGGCCGAACUCCGACUACGCCGAUGACGUCAUCGUCGGAGUUCUGGACACCGGCAUCUGGCCGGAGCGAUCGAGCUUCUCCGAUGAAGGCCUCUCCCCUGUCCCUUCGCGCUGGAAAGGCAGCUGCGUUGACGCCGCCCCUGAUUUUCCGGCGACUUUAUGCAACCGUAAAAUCAUCGGCGCAAAAGCGUUUUACAGAGGCUACCAAGCUUCCAGAGGUAAUAAAAUGGCGGAACCGAUUUCCCCGAGAGACACGGAGGGGCACGGCACCCACACGGCGUCGACGGCCGCCGGAGCGAGAGUGGCGAACGCUAGUUUGUUCGGAUACGCCAUGGGCGAAGCUCGAGGCAUGGCGGUUAAGGCCAGAAUUGCAGUGUACAAAAUCUGCUGGAGCGCCGGUUGUUUCGAUUCCGACAUAUUAGCGGCGAUGGAGCACGCAAUCGACGACGGCGUGGACGUGAUUUCACUUUCCGUCGGCGCUAGCGGCCACGCGCCGCCCUACGACAAGGAUUCCAUCGCCAUCGGAGCUUUCGGCGCGGCGGAGCACGGAAUUUUGGUGUCUUGCUCCGCCGGUAAUUCAGGUCCAGAUCUGUACACGGCGGUCAACAUCGCUCCAUGGAUCCUCACCGUCGGAGCUUCGACCCUCGACCGUGAAUUCCCCGCCGACGUAAUUCUCGGCGACGGCAGAGUAUUCGGCGGCGUUUCUCUGUACCAAGGCGAUUCUCUCGGCGAUACAUUGAUUCCUCUGAUCUACGCCGACGAUUGCGGCAGCCGUUACUGUUACUCCGGCGAGCUCGAUCCGGCAAAAGCCAAGGGUAAAAUCGUAAUCUGUGACCGCGGCGGCAACGCCAGAGCCGAGAAAGGAAACGCCGUCCACCUCGCCGGCGGCGCCGGCAUGAUAAUGGCGAAUCUCGCCGACUCCGGUGAGGAACUCCUCGCCGACGCGCACUUCAUCCCCGCAACGAUGGUCGGUCAGAUCGCCGGUGAUCAAAUCCGAUCGUACGCCCGCUCGGAUCCAAAUCCAACAGCCACGAUCAAUUUCAAAGGAACCGUUAUAAGCAGCUCUCCAUCGGCGCCACGGGUGGCUUCGUUCUCGAGCCGCGGCCCGAGCUUCCGAACCGCCGAGAUUCUCAAGCCGGACGUUAUUGCCCCCGGCGUGAACAUUCUAGCCGGCUGGACCGGCUACAUCGGCCCGACCGACUUAGAAUCCGACACAAGAAAAGUCGAAUUCAAUAUAAUCUCCGGCACGUCGAUGUCGUGCCCGCACGUCAGCGGCUUAGCCGCUUUAUUGAUAAAGGCUCAUCCGGAUUGGUCGCCGGCAGCCGUCAAGUCGGCCUUAAUGACCACAGCCUACAAUAUCGACAAUUCCGGUCGCAACUUCACGGACCUCGCCACCGGCGAGGAGUCCAACCCGUUUGUACACGGGUCAGGGCACGUGGAUCCGAACCGGGCGCUGAACCCGGGUUUGGUUUACGACCUGAAAACGAUCGACUACAUCGCGUUCUUGUGCGGCAUUGGGUAUGAUUCAAGUCGGAUUUCGGUUUUCACCCGACACGCUUCUUGCGAAGCCGCGGGGGUUAAAACCGUCGGCGAUCUUAAUUAUCCGUCGUUCUCCGUCGUGUUUGACGGCAAAGAAACCGUUGUGAAGUAUACCCGCACUGUGAAAAAUGUUGGGGAAGAAGCGGAUGCGGUAUAUGAGGUGACGGUGAAUGCCCCGCCGGGCGUAGAGGUGAAUGUGUCGCCGAGGAAAUUGGUGUUCGAUAAGAAUGUGGUCAAAUUGUCAUAUGAAGUUACGUUCACGAGCCGAGCGGAGGGUGUUGGAUUGGCGAUCGGCGAUAAGUCUGCGUUCGGGUCGAUCGAGUGGACCGACGAGGGGAGCUGCCACCGUGUCCGGAGUCCGGUGGCGGUGCUGUGGCGGCGGAGUUCGGCUGUGGCUAUGUGAAGAAGAAGAAAGAGUUUUGAUUAGCAUUCGUUCCACUGUAGAAUAAAGGAACUGAUCUGAAUUGGCUCUACUCUGCUCAGCCAUGUUUCAAAUUCUCCCAACUCUGAGGAUUUUUAUGAAUUGGGAAACACAAUUUACGGUUCUAAUCCUAACAUUUGGAAGGUUAAAGGAUUGUAUUUAUUUUGAAACUUUAUUUCAACUUAUUUACUUUUACAAUUGUAGUAAUUUUUUAUUAUUUUUUUUAUUUUUAUUUUUUC